AUUUCGCGCCUUUCUGACUUGCUAAAAAUCAGCUAAAUCAGAAAAUCUCAUGAAAUAUGCAAUAUCUUUGAAAUGGAACCAUAUCUUGGAACUGUUAAGUAAUUUAGAAUGUCACAUACUACCAGUUGUACUAUAUGAACAAUGUCAGAAGAAAACAAAGGCGGUAAAUUGACGAAAACUGGCGUUGUAUUAUUGGGAAUUUCUGGAGGAAUUUUCGGAGUGAUUUAUGCUGUGACCACACCAUUUGUACUGCCUGCAUUCAGGCGUAUAUGCCUCCCAUACGUUCCUGCAACAACAACACAAGUUAAUAAUGUUAUGAAACUUCUGAUGGGCAGAACUGGCAAAGUUGUUGAUCUGGGUAGUGGAGAUGGCAGAUUGGUACAUGAAGCAGCCAAGCUGGGUUUCAAGGCCAGUGGAGUUGAACUGAAUCCUUGGCUGGUGUGGUAUUCAAGACUUCGUUCUUAUCAAUUAGGACUUCACAAGCAAACAGCAUUUUAUAGGAAAGACCUUUGGAAGGUGGACUUGACCAGCUACAAUACUGUGAUGAUAUUUGGUGUAGAACAAAUGAUGGAACCACUUGAGAUCAAACUUGACAAGGAACUACAAGAAGACGGUCAGGUGAUAGCGUGCCGCUUCCCGCUACCAAAAUGGACACCUACUGACAUUAUAGGAGAGGGAAUUGAUACAGUUUGGCUGUACAAGAAACAAAGAGACGAUCUAUCACAAUCUAGUGACAAACACUGCAAUACUCCAGAUGGUUCUAAAAUUGCAACCGACGAGGUUUCUUGAUGAAGGGCUUAUUUAGGUUUUCAGUUUUCAUGUUUAUUAAAAGAUACAAUCAGACAGUGAGACUUCAUUAAUAUGUGCUUUAGAAUUUGAAUGAGACUCCACAUUUAGUUAACUUACCUUUAUUAUAUCUUAUUUUCUUAUUUCUGAUGUACAACAUAGAAAUGAAAAUAAACAACAUUUGAUGAUAACAUGAAUGAGAAAAUGUUCUUUAUUAUUUAAAAUAUUCAAUGUAGCAUUUCCAAUCAUUUGAAUUUGAUACUAUAUUUUCAAUGUUUUACGAUGCAUAACAAGUAACAGUAAU